CUCUAUUCAUCUCCUCAAGAGCCGAAACAAAAUCUCUCUCUCUCUUUCUCUCAAGUAAGCAACUUCAAAAAUUGGUUAACCCAAACAAAUGGAAAAACAAAAAAAGUCGCACUCUUUCUCUUAAAAAUCUCGCCUUUUCGUCGUCCGAAUCCAGAGAAACCCAUACGCAAAAUAUCCUCUACGUGUUCACCUUUCACGAUUUUCUCGAAUUUUCUCUCAUUUUCCUCCCAACCUUUUCAUUUUUUUUUUGUUGUUUUCUACUUCGGAUUCUUUCUUUUUCAAAACUUCUCCUCUUUUCUUAAACCAUUCUCCGCUGCUCAACUGUUCAGUUCUUAGUGGUAAACAACAAUAUCCGAAAAUCCAGAAAAAUAAAUCGGUACAGCGUUCAACACAAUUGUUCAGUUGAGAUUCGUUUUUGUUUUUUUUUUGGAAUCUGUAAUGGUGUGAUUUGAAUCCGAAUUGUAAGAAUUCAUAUGGACUUCUCGAAUUCCUAAUUCUGCGCAAAAAAAAAAACAAAACCCACCAUGGAUAUCGAAUCAAGAAGUUAUCAGAACAUCUUGAAGAAGGAAUCGUGGAGAACAGUAUUGACAUUAGCGUAUCAGAGCUUAGGAGUUGUAUACGGAGAUUUGAGUAUUUCUCCUCUAUACGUCUACAAAAGCACAUUCGCUGAAGACAUUCAUCACUCCGAGUCCAACGAGGAGAUCUUCGGUGUCUUGUCUUUCAUCUUCUGGACAAUCACUCUCGUCCCUCUCUUCAAAUACGUCUUCAUCGUCCUUAGAGCAGACGACAAUGGCGAAGGAGGCACUUUCGCUCUCUACUCCCUCCUCUGUCGACACGCCCGGGUCAACUCGCUCCCGAGUUGCCAGCUGGCAGACGAGCAGCUCAUCGAGUACAAGACCGACUCGAUCGGGUCGUCGUCGGCGGUUCCUCAGUCGGGUUUCGCGGCGAGUCUCAAGUCUACGCUUGAGAAACACAGAGUGCUGCAGAAGAUUCUGCUUUUUUCUCUGCAGUAUCAGGCGUUGAGCUUUCAAUGGCUAAGGAGCAUCACAAACAUAGAAGUACCUGCCGCUUGUAUAAUCCUGGUCGGUUUGUUCGCGCUCCAGCAUUACGGUACGCACAGGGUCGGGUUCUUGUUCGCACCAGUGAUUCUCUUGUGGCUAGUGUGCAUAAGCGCCAUAGGCGUAUACAACAUUUUCCACUGGAACCCUCAAGUGUAUCAAGCGCUCUCUCCUUACUACAUGUACAAGUUCCUCAAGAAAACUCAGAGCAGAGGAUGGAUGUCUCUUGGUGGGAUCUUGCUCUGCAUCACAGGCUCCGAGGCAAUGUUUGCGGAUCUCGGCCAUUUCUCUCAGCUCUCUAUCAAGAUCGCGUUUACCUCGCUUGUGUACCCGUCCUUGAUACUCGCCUACAUGGGACAAGCAGCUUACCUCUCUCAGCACCAUGUCAUCGAGAGCGAUUACAAUAUAGGAAUAUACCAUUCAUUUAGUUCUUUACAGUUCGGUUUGGCGGUUAUAACCGUUAUGCUGGUGACGACGUGUCUAAUGUCACUAGUGAUCGUACUCUGCUGGCACAAGAGCGUCCUCUUCGCAAUAGCCUUCGUCGUCUUCUUCGGAACAAUCGAAGCUCUCUACUUCUCAGCUUCCUUGAUCAAGUUCCUCGAAGGCGCGUGGGUCCCAAUCGCACUCUCCUUAUGCUUCCUAGCCGCGAUGUGCACGUGGCACUACGGGACGCUCAAGCGGUACGAGUUCGACGUGCAGAACAAAGUCUCCGUGAACUGGCUCCUCAGCCUCGGCCAGACCCUCGGGAUCAAACGCGUCCGCGGCAUCGGACUCAUCCACACGGAGCUCGUCUCCGGCAUCCCGGCGAUCUUCUCUCAUUUCGUCACCAACCUCCCUGCUUUCCACCAGGUUCUCGUCUUCCUCUGCGUCAAAUCCGUCCCGGUCCCGCACGUCCGUCCCGAGGAACGGUUCCUUGUCGGUCGAAUCGGCCCGAAACAGUUCCGGAUAUACCGGUGCAUUGUCCGGUACGGGUACCGGGACGUCCACAAAGACGACAUCGAGUUUGAAGGCGAUCUCGUCUGUAGCAUCGCCGAGUUUAUCCGUUCCGAGGCUGAAACCGCCACCAUGGCCACGGAGACCAACGGCGAAGAUGAGGAUAGCCAUAGGAUGGCGGUUGUGGGAACCUGUUCCACGUACAUGCAAGGAAUCGAGGAUCAGGACGUGAGCGACUAUGACGAUCCGGAUAAACCCGGGACGUCGGAGAUCCGGUCGCCGAAGCUGAAGAAGAAGAAGAGUAAGAUCAAGAAGAAGGUGAGGUUUGUUGUGCCGGAGACUCCGAAGAUUGAGAAGGAGACGAGGGAGGAGUUGAUGGAGCUAACGGAGGCGCGUGAGGGUGGUGUGGCAUAUAUAAUGGGGAACGCGUAUAUGAGAGCGAAGCCAGGAUCGGGAUUGGUGAAGAGACUCGCCAUUAACGUUGGAUACGAGUUUCUUAGGAGGAACACUAGAGGUCCAAGAACCGCACUUACUUCGCCUCACGCGUCUACGUUAGAAGUCGGUAUGAUCUACCAUGUCUAAUAAGGGGUAUUUUUCGUCUUUUUUGUAUGUACAGGAUUUUGUUUUGUGUUGAUUUUGCUGAAAAAAAAAAGUGAAUUAGAUAAUUAGCUCAAGAAAUUUUGUCCUGUGUAUGUGUGGAGGUUUUGCUAAAAGGUAACUAAUCCUCCCUUUAGAGCCGGAUAGGGAGAUUUCGGUUUUUUAACAAACUUGUGUACAAAUGAUAUGUGUUUAAUACCAAUAGCAUAUUGUGAUUACUUUGUUCUAGAUUUUUGGUGUCAAAAUAUUUUCAGCUGAAAAAAUUGAUAUCAUCUGAUUAUCUAUCAG